UGGCAAGUAUACAGUUCACAUCCGGUAUUUUGUGCUGUAUUGACAUCUUCCCCGUACAGUCAGAUAUUACGUCUGUCAAACCGGACUUCCUCGGCCUUUGCAACACCAUUUCAACACGAAUUCAUCACUCAGUCCGGUGUUAGUGUGAGGUAGGCAGGCUGAGGGAGCGGGCUGUAGGAGCUCAGCAGCCGGACAGGAGAUAUGACGGCUGGGGUGCUGAUAGUGUUUCUUGGGGGCUUGCUGGAGGUCUGCAGCGGCGUCUCGGCAAACAGAGGAGGGUAUCCCUCCUUUACAGACGAAAUACCUUUCAAAAUCACCUGGCCAGGCGCUGAAUUGACGCUGCCAACUUCAGGAGUACUUUACAAGGAAGAUGACUUUGUCAUCAUGACAACAACAGAGAAGGAGAAGUAUAAAUGUCUCCUGCCUUCCCUGACAGCUGGAGAGGAGGAUGAUGAUAAGGAGUACAGUGGGCUCAGUCCGGCGGAACUGCUGGAGCCACUAUUCAAACGAAGCAGCUGCUCCUACAGGAUUGAGUCAUACUGGACAUAUGAAGUAUGCCAUGGAAAGCAUAUACGACAGUAUCAUGAAGAGAAGGACACUGGUCAGAAAGUUAGUGUUCAAGAGUACUUCCUGGGGAAUAUGGCACAGAAGAGUCAGUCGACAGAGACAGCUAGGAUUUAUUUCAUUUUUUCAGAUAAAGAAGAAGAAGAGACAGAAAAUGUCAAAUCAGCAACUGAAACAGAAGUGCCAACUAAGAAUAUAGAAGGUCAGCUGACUCCCUACUUUUCGUUUGAGAUGGGGAAUGGGACUCCUUGUGUGCUGAAACAGAACGAGGCUCGCUCCACGUCUGUGCUGUACGUCUGUCAUCCAGAGGCCAAGCACGAGAUCUUGUCCGUUGCUGAGGUCACUACCUGUGAAUAUGAGGUGGUGGUUUUGACACCGCUGCUUUGUGCACACCCAAAAUACAGGUUUAAGUCCUCUCCGGUGAACGCCAUCUUCUGCCAGGCUCUGGCAGGCUCCCCUCUACAGCCUCAGCGGCUCACCCAAUUGGACAAGGAGCAAGAAGAGCAGCUUAGACCACUUUUCAGCCCCACCUCCGAGACCAGAGAGGAGGAGGCGUCAGCACCAGUGAGAGAGGAGUCCUUCACCUCCACCCAUAAACCUAUAACUGUUGGAGGGCAGUCUCAGGUCACUGUCGGCACCACUCACAUCUCUCGUUUGACAGAUGACCAGCUAAUCAAGGAGUUCCUCAGUGGCUCGUACUGUCUGCAUGGGGGGGUAGGGUGGUGGAAAUAUGAAUUCUGCUAUGGAAAGCAUGUCCAUCAGUACCAUGAGGAAAAAGAGCAGGGGAAGAACAUUGUGGUGGUCGGGAGCUGGAACGGAGAGGAGCAUAUUAACUGGGCCAAGAAGAACGUUGCCCGAUCAUACCAGCUCAAAGACGAUGGAGUGCAGAAAGUCAAGUUGGUUUCCCACUUUUAUGGCCACGGGGAUGUGUGUGAUCUGACAGGGAAGCCCAGGCAGGUCAUUGUCAAGCUCAAAUGUAAAGAGUCUGAGUCUCCCCAUGCUGUCACUGUCUACAUGCUGGAGCCUCAGACUUGCCAGUACAUCCUGGGGGUUGAGUCUCCGGUUAUAUGCAGGAUUCUUGACACUGCUGAUGAAUAUGGACUCCUGUCAAUCUCCAGCUAAACUGACAAAGAUCACAUGACAGCAACAGCGCGUGAAGGACAAGAAGAGGACAGGCAGUAAGAGGUGCACUGGAAAAGAGAGGACACAUCAAAAGAGAAACAGAGAUGCCCAUAACACUGCUAAAAGCCAAAAUCGAUGUUAAACUGAGGUUAAAGCUGAUCCUGAGGCUGGACUUCAUGUAGCCUAGGAGCACAGCCCCAGCCCCGAUCUGUGCAAUGGGCAAUUACUACAUCACAACGUAAACCAGCAAGCUAGCUCCGAGUUUGUCAAAUGUGGCCAAUGCCUCUCUCCACAAGCCAGUGGAUGUAUUGCCUGUAUGUCAUAUCUAUGCUUCACUUUGUGUUGGUUAUUUGCAAGAAAAGGAGUAAGGAAUCAGGGGAUUUGUUAUCAGCAGGGGAAUCAACAACAUUGAUGGUGGUUUUAUUGUCUUUAAGGUCUGUAAUUUUGUGUGUGAGUGUGUGAUAUGAAAUGAAAUGAUAAGCUACUUGACUGUGGCACUUGUAGACUGGGGGGAGGGAGCAAGUCUGAAUUUUUUUGCAGCAGUGAGAAUGUGUGCUGUGUUAGUUUGCUGAAUGAUUGAGUGUAACUUAUGCAUUCGGGGGUGCUGUGGAAGAGCAACAAAGAGUGUGAGUGGUUGAUUAAAAUUUCAUAUAAGUUUGUGGCAUGUACAGAAUGUUUUAAGGGUACCUAUAAGCGGUAUUCUGUGGUUUUAUGAAGAUACACACUGGGAUCCUGGUCACUGCUUUAUCAAAGGGGCUAAAAACAACCCUGAUGCAUUUGCAGCAAAGAAUAAAAUUUAAAAAUGAGACCUCAUUUAUAGUGUUGCAUGAACACACAGGGGAAAUCAAAAACAUUUGGUCUUGACUGAGAUGUAAAAAAAUCAUGGCAACGAAUGUCUCUGCUUAAUAAUUAUAGGAAUAUCAGUUGUCAUCACCUUGAAAAACCAAUACAAAUUAAAUUUUGUGUUUUUCUGUUA